CGACUUCGCUUCGUUGAACCAAGAGGCCUCGGCGCAGGAACCCCCUUCAAGACGCCUGCAACAAGCAGUCAGCCAAGUUCAACAUCUGCUAGAGCGUGGAAAUAUCCCCGAGUUCCAUUUCAAGACUGGUCCAAAGGCCACCGCCAGCUCUUCUACGAAGUUCAAAGGACCCUCGCUUUCCGCGACCCUUUCACCAUUAUCCAGGAUGGUUUGCGAUCAGACUGCGCUGCCUUUUCGAUACCCGACUCCCGAUACGCCUUCGCCGUCCUCCGGAGAGAAUCUACCGAAUGGCCCAAGCCCCCUAGUCCCGGCGAAGCAGAAUCCGCAAGCGGCCCAAAAACCUGCAAAGCUGGCGAAGCCGAAGAAGCAGAGCCCCAUCACGCCCAACGAUGAUCGGCAAACCCAUACACCCCCAAAGGCGCGGCUCGAGGUCAUCUUGCCGACUAAGAGUCAGCUGGAAGCUGCAGCGGCGCUCAACAAGGUCUCUGUAACUGAGAGCCAGACGAACACACCGGUGACUGUCGCACCGACGGGAUCCCACACGUAUUCUCUGCAGCCGGCCCCGAAUUUGCCAACUCCCAGCCCCGUCGAGGCGGGGCCAGGGCUUGCCUCCGCGACGCAAGCACCCUCGGCUUCCCAGAAGUCCGCCAUCGCUAUCGAGUUGCCCGGCACGACUACCUUCAACAAGAGCGAAUAUCAGAUCGUCCCUGAUGAGCCCGACGAGCCGGUGAACUUGUCAAUAAAAAAGCGGAAACGUGACGAACUCGACGGCGAUGACAUUUACGGAGAGAGCUUGGACAUGCGCCAGAGAGCAGAUGCGGCUUUGAGUGAGCUGAGACUCUUCCUGCACCACACUUUCCAAGCCGAAGACCACGCUCGAGCGCAACAAUCCGGAAAUGACGUGGUCAUGCUCGUCGGAGACAAUGAAGCCACGUUGACGGCCGCCGCCCAAUCCAAGGCGCAAACACUCCUUGCGAAGACUAUAUCGCUGAAUUGCUAUCGCAAGGUUCCUGUUGAUCAUCUCCUCCGUCUCCUCCGCCUCUCUGACGGAGCGUUGAGACAAGUCGAGUCAUUAGACUUCAAGGUUGACGAGUCAUGGGGCGCAGGCGAAGUCGACCAGUGGCUGGAGCAACUCCCCGUUCUCGAAACCGCCAUGCGCGCCGCCCGGACGUCGUUGAGGCUGAUGUGUGGCGGCCGCGAAGAAAAGCAGCUCUACCCGGAAGAUAUGAUCGAGCAGUGUCUCAACCUCUGCAAGCGGCUCAUCGACGGCGUCGUCAUUCCAAUCGUGGAACUGAGAAGCACUCAAAAUACUUCCGAGCUUUUCAGAGCAAUCUCGUCAAGCAAGAAGAAAAUCGCAUCCCUGCUUACAGACUGCCAGAAGCUCUUCUCGCUCAUGGCGACUCUGAUAUCCAAGGUCGACACCUCGGACACCGUCACCAAUACACUCGAGUUUGCCGCGUCGCGACUCAUCUUCAUGGAAACUGCCAACGCUGAGAGAGAUUCCGUCAUUGACACGCAAAAAUUCGACGGGCUCCGUUCCGUCGCGAUGGACAUGCUGUCCCAGAUCUUCCUCCUGAACCCCUCGCAGCGCCAGGGCAUCUUUGACGAGAUUCUCACCUCCUUAGAGAAACUUCCUCUGGGUAGACGUGCCCGGACGUUCAAGCUGGUCGACGGAAGCAGUAUCCAGCCCGUCUCCGCCCUCAUCAUGCGCCUGGUGCAAACGAGCGCUGGCAGGGUUGAUGAGCGGAAGGUGGGAAGUCGGAGAAGCGGCAUGCUAACAGAUGAUGGGGACGAGGUGUCCGGUGAUCGCAAGCCUGCCGCUCUAGAGUCAUUUACUAUCCAGGGCGAGGACCAUGCCGCAACGCAACACUCAACCGCGAUCCAAGAACUAGACGGUACCGCCACCCCUCUGCUAGAUAUCGCCAAAGCGAACGCCUCGUACGUCAUCAAGUUCAUCGUCAACCGCGCCCUCAAAUCGACCAAGUCCGGCGACACACCCUACCGCAAUCUUCUCGAUUUGUUCGUCGAGGACUUCACAACAUGCCUAGACAAUCCGGAUUGGCCGGCCGCUGAGUUGCUGCUCCGGCUGCUUAUGGUCAUGAUGGUCAACCUAGUCGAAAACGAUAAGUCCGGCGUUCCCGCAAAGAACAUGGCACUGGAGCUAUUGGGGAUCAUGGGUGCUGCAAUUUCCAAGCUCCGCGGCCACGUCAGGAAAGUUGCGAGUGCUCUGGAUGCGAGGGAUGCGGAUGAGCUCGGCAUGUUCCUUUCUGACCUUGCCGCCUCCGCGCUGGAGCUUAAGUCGCGUCCGGAGCACAUGGUGGCUUGGACCGGCCCCUACCGCGCCACUUUAGAAUAUCUCGAGAGCCGCUUCUCUGAGGAUCCACACCUGGCGAGCGCCAUCUCCUUCAUCGUCUCCGAUUGGGGAACAAAAGUGUGCGCCUGCUACGACUCUUUCGAGGACGACUAUCGGGAACGGGAUCAAGAACUGGGCAGGCUGGCCUACCGGCUGAGAGAGAUGAUUCGGGAUCGCCGGUGGCUGUCCAGCGAGUACUCCUUCAGAGACGUCAGCCCCAGCCAGGCCAAGCUCUCCUAUUCCGUCAUUCUUCUACGGUCUCAGUUUUGCGAGGCCUUCAGUCCCAUCCUGAAUAUCCUCCUGAAUUCGAUGGCUAGUGACCAGCCGACAGUCAGGAGUAAGAGUCUGAAGAGCAUCAACCAGGUGCUCGAGACCGAUCCGUCGAUUCUGGAUGGCGACUCUGUCGUUGUUCAGCUGAUCCUCCGGUGCUCCAACGAUUCCUCGACGCAGGUCCGCGAUUCAGCGCUGGGUCUUAUUGGCAAAUGCAUCGGCAUGCGGCCGGCACUGGAGGAGAAGAUGACGGAGACUGUCGUUGACAGAUUCUCCGACGCCGGGCCGGGAGUGCGGAAGCGAGCCAUGAAGCUGGCGAAGGACAUCUACCUCCGAAAUGGUAACAAGGCCCUCCGGAGCGCCAUCGCCAACGGCCUACUCCAUCGCAUUCAAGAUCCAGAAGAGAGCGUCAGAGAUCUGGCCCGCCAACUCAUCGAGGAAAUCUGGUUCACACCCUUUCAGAGUGGCGAAUCUUCGACAGCCUCGCAGAUCUCACUUUCAGAACACGUCUCUCUGAUGGUGCAGACCGUCAAGCGAGGGAAUGUCGCAACCGUGCUAGACAAGGUACUGCAGACUCUUCUUGCCCCCGAGUCUAAGUCGGCGCAGGCCUCCUUGGAUGUGUGCACAAGGCUGGUUGCGAGCAUGUUCGAGCUUGUCGACAACGUCGAUUCCAGUGACCCAUCGACUCCUUCCGGCCGGGAUAUCCUUCAGGUUCUGAUGAUCUUUGCCAAAGCCGAAGCCAGUCUCUUCACUUUUGAGCAGCUGCGUCUCCUGAAACCCUAUAUCACGAGCAUCGGCAGCAGCGAGGACUUGGCGGUAUCGAGGGCGGUCGUGGUCAUCUACCGCAGAGUCCUUCCUCGGCUCUCGAGUGCACACGCCCCGUUCCUCGCAGACGUACGCAAGGAGCUGCUGCCCGUUGUGUCCAAAGUCACGCGCGCCCUCCUUGACGACGUCACGGCGUGCCUAUGGAUUAUCAGCACGCUGCUGGAGACCUCGGAACAUCUUGCCAGGCUGGUGCUGUCGAGUCUGACAGCUAUCCAGAAGCUGCGAGUCUUGAGCCAGAAGGACCCUCUUGACCAGCACAAGAUUCGUCAGUUCGACCGAUACUCGCUCAUUGUGGGCAUGGCCGGUAAGCACUGCAAUCUCGACAGCCACCUGGAGAUGUUCAAGAAGAGCUUCCCGAAGUGGAACGGAGAUACUGUCUCAAAGCUCAUGGUCGAUGUCGUGGUGCCUUUCGCGGGACCCUCACAGCCGCUGGACGUCAGGAGAGCUGCGCUGGACUCGGUUGGGCUCGUCUGCCAGGCGUCGCCCCGCAACUACGUGUCCGCCAACGUCUACACCGCAUUCCAACAGGUCUUUGACGACCAGACGCCUGUCUUGGAGACGAUGAUCUUACGCUCUCUCAAGGAAUUUCUCUUCACAGAGGAGAAACGCUCUGAACAAGCCUCUGAGGCGCCUGCUAUCAACGGCGCCAAGCCCGAGAAAAAGCGCGAGCUGACCGUGAUCGGGGGCACCAACUACGACGACGUGGCGAGCGCCACAACGCAUCGGUUUCUGAAGGAGAUUACCCGCAUUGCCACCUCCACUCAGGACGACCAUGCCUUCCUCGCUGUCGAGGUGCUUGCCAGUAUCAACCGGCAAGGACUCGUGCACCCCAAGGAGACGGGAGUGACGUUCAUCACGCUGGAGACUUCGUCCAACCCGCGGAUUUCGGAGCUUGCUUUCCUUGAGCACAAAUCUCUCCAUACCAAGCAUGAGACCGUUCUCGAGCGCGAGUACGUCAAGGCGAUCCAGUCGACCUUCGCGUAUCAGCGGGACAUUGUUAAGGAUCCACGCGGCGCUACCACGAAUCCCUUCACCCCCAAGCUCCAUCUGCUGAUGGAGGUGCUCAAGAUCAGCAAAUCAAAGAACCGCCAGAAGUUCCUCGAGAAAUUCUGCGCCCAAGUGGACUUUGACGUCGCGAAGCUCGACAUCUCCGAAGAAAUCCCGCCGCACGUCCAGUACUCCCGCUUCAUCGUGGAGAACCUCGCCUACUUCGAGUACGUCACCGUCGGCGAGCUGCACUGCAUCGUGUCCGCCAUGGAAAAGCUUGUCACCUCCACCGGCGCCAACGUCGCGCAGGCCAUCGAGUCCGAAGUCUUCCAGGUCCGCAUGGACGCCAUCGAACCUACAGCGCCGCAACCGCCCCCAAAACCUGCAAUGGAACCUGCAAUCUCCCCCGACGGACAGCCCCAGCCGCCGCAACCCGAAGCCGCCCCAGCCGAGCCAGCCACCACCAUCGGGCUUGCCCGCCUGCGCCAGCUCACUGCCGGCUCCAUAAUCCUCCUCGCGCUCUGGGAAGUCCGCACCUACCUGCGCCGCCUCUACGGCCUGGGCACCACCAACCGCCGCGAGAGCAAGGGCAAGCUGCAGGCCAAAGACCUUAGCAAGCCCCCCGUCAAGGUGCAGGGCAUCACAGGCGACAAGGUCUGGGAGGAGAUCGGCGCACUCAUGACCUCCCUCGCCGACCGUCAGCGCAUGAUGGCGACGUGCAAGGCGUUGGUGGAGCUGAUGAGUGUCGACAAGGAAUUCCUUGUGCCGGCGGAUGAGGAUGACGAGAUGGACGUCGACAUGGAUGAAGAGGGCGGCUUUUUUGAGAGCGGGGACGAGGAUCACGCGCUUGAGGGCAGUCCCGCUGCCGGUGGUGGACGCGGCAGGAAGCGCAAGUCGCAGGGUGCUGGCGGUGCUGGCGCGCCGAAGAAGAGGAGGUCGAGCUCGCAGCCGAGGAAGAGGGGCAGGCCGAGAAAGCAGAGCAGUGAGGCGCAGCAACAGCAGCAGGCGCAGGAUGCGGACGGUGCGUUCGAUGACGAGGAGUGGUUCUGAUCUUUCUGCUUUCUUCUUUUUCUUACUUUCUGCGUCGGGGGCAUGGCUGCAUCUGCGUUUCUACUUGCCUGCGUGCUUUAUUAUAUCUGGUCGCAUUACCCGGGCUGGAGUGUCCGGUGGGAAGAUGGAUGGAUGCAUGGUCUCUAUUUAAUAUGCUUGGGUGGCUUGGGGAUUCGGGAGGCUGGCAUUUCACUGCUUCGGAGCAAUCCACGGUAUACCGCUUCAUGCCACCUAUCACACUAGUGGUACUGCUAUUACUACAUCCCUGAUUUGCGGUACAGGGCAGGCGUUGCUUCUCUGCUGGUGGCGGUUUACAUCUUUUAUGGUUUCCCCUUCGCGUGGGAGGGGAGGUGUUACAAUUCAAACGGGCGCGAGAGAUGGGGCAUAUAGAGCAAACAGAUUAUGCACAAGACGGAUGGGAUGGUUGCGUGUUCGUUUUUGAGGACAAAUGGGUGGGCGGUCGGGCGCUUGGCUGGUCGGCGGCCGGAGAGGGGAACGCGGUCACUAUCUCUCAGCUACCUUCUCUCCUCACUUUCUCCUCCCCUCCAUCCCGGGCUUGAUGAUGGCUUGCUUUGAGCUAGUAGCUAAAGAGGAAUAAACCCCGCACAAACUGGAAGAGAGCCGGUUGGUCC